ACAGUCAAACUAAAAUGUUCGACAAAAUCAUACUCUGUCUUGUGUACGCCACUUGUGUCUAUUCCGUAUCGGAAAUAUCGGAGGAAACGUGCGAAACACUCAUGUCUGACAUUAAUUUGAUCAAAGAGGAAUUCGACGAAUUGGGCCGACUACAGAGAAUAUGCAAUGGGGAGGUGGCCGUCAACAAGUGCGAAGGCUCCUGCAAGAGCCAAGUCCAGCCGUCGGUCAUCACCCCCACGGGAUUUCUCAAAGAAUGUUACUGCUGCAGGGAAAGCUUCCUAAGGGAACGCACCAUCACCCUCACCCACUGCUAUGACCCUGACGGCGUGCGUCUCACGGCCGAAACCGUCAAUUCCAUGGACGUGAAAUUGCGCGAACCGGCCGAAUGCAAAUGUUACAAGUGUGGCGAUUUCAGCCGAUAAUUUUGUAUCAAUAAAAACCGAUCAAUUU